AUGAGCGGAGCGGAGCCGGGGCCGGGGCCCGGCGGCGCCGCCCGGCCCGGCGCGGCCUCCCGGCGGCAUUACCCGGCCCUGCCCGUGUGGGUGGUGGAGGACCACCAGGACGUGCUGCCUUUCAUUUAUCGUGCCAUUGCCUCAAAGCAUCUUCCUGCCAGUAACAUCAGUUUUGUUCAUCUUGAUUCCCAUCCAGACCUUCUUAUUCCUGUGAAUAUGCCUGCAGACACUGUAUUUGACAAAGAAGCUCUUUUUAGUGAAUUAAGUAUUGAAAACUGGAUUAUGCCUGCUGUUUAUGCUGGCCAUAUUUCUCAAGUAGUGUGGCUUCACCCAUGCUGGGCUCAGCAGAUCUCGGAAGGGAAACACAGUUUUCUGGUUGGGAAAGAUGUAUCAACAACAACUAUCAGGGUUACAGGCACAGAUAAUUACUUCUUAAGUGAUGGUCUUUAUGUUCCUGCUGAUCAGCUGGAAAACCAGAAGCCUUUAAAUUUGCACGUCGUUCUCAUCAAUCCUACCAAAUCAUCAAACAGCAGUGAAGGAAGUGGCGAAGUAGCAUCUGCUAAAAGACUGAAGCUAAAUACAGAUGACACAGCAAGUGCCACUUCUGCCUCUUCAGUGGCUCCUGCUGACUUUGAUCACAUCACUCAGAGUAUGAAGAAAAAGGAAAUGCAAAAUGCAGGUGCCCUGAAUGGGGCAGAAACUUCGGCAGAAGACUCAGCUUCAAACCAUCUUAAAAACAGUGAAUGCCCAAUAAGGGACAUUGCUAAAGAUGUCUGCCAAGUACUGCAGAAGGGGGAUGCAUAUGUUUUGGACAUCGACUUAGACUUUUUUUCAGUUAAAAAUCCAUUUAAAGAAAUGUACACACAGACAGAAUAUGAGCUUUUGCAAGAGUUGUACAAUUUCAAGAAGCCACAUAAAAAUGCAACAGAGGAAGACUUGCUGGAUUGUGUUGAAAACCGUGUUCAUCAGCUGGAAGAUCUGGAAGCAGCAUUUGCGGAUUUGUGUGACACUGAUGACGAAGAAACUCUACAGAAAUGGGCUUCAUAUCCUGGAAUGAAGCCACUUGUUCAACUAGUUCACAGUUUGAAAACCAGGAUGGAAAGCCCAGACUAUGAAAUGGUCCAUCAGGCUGGUCUGACCUGUGAUUAUGUGGAGCUUCCUCACCAUGUUAGCACUGAAGAUGAGAUUGAAGGCCUCAUACAAUCCAUUAAAGUUCUACUGACAGAUCUGCCCAAGCCCACACUGGUGACAGUUGCUCGAUCAAGUUUGGAUGAUUACUGCCCUUCAGAGCAGGUUGACAUCAUUCAAGAGAAGGUUCUCGAUUUACUGCGUUCUGUGUAUGGCUCACUGGAUGUGCACUUAGAUUACUCAAGCACUUCAUCUGCUUCGUGACCUUUCUUUGUGUGUUGCUGUCUAUAUAGAGGAUUAAUUUAAAUUGUUCAUUAGCUGUGAUUGUAGGGUGAAGACUGCUGUUAUUUCAGCAGGUGGCACUAGAACCCAAGCUGAUCAAGCUAGGGUUUGAGUUGCAUUGCUUUCUCCACUUCGGCUGCAUCUGAACUGUUACCUGUUUGGCUUUGUAAUUCUUAUUUUUACUGUCAUGUUUCUUAAGAAACAUGUGCAAGAGAAACAACUUUUUGUCUAUAAAUUGAGAGGUUAUGUCCCAUUUCUUUGUGUCUGUAAAAAAAAUAAAAUACAUAAUUUCUUAAAA